AUGGACAUGAAUGACUACUAUGGUGGAGAGUCAACAUCGCUUAAUCUCAAUCAGCUUUGGAAGAAGUUCAAGGGAGAAGAGAAGUCUCCUGAACAUUUAGGCGCUAGUCGGGAUUACAAUGUUGACAUGAUGCCUAAGUUUAUGAUGGGAAAUGGCAAGCUUGUUCGUGUUCUUAUUCAUAUAGAUGUUACAAAGUAUUUGUCCUUUAAAGUAGUUGAUGGAAGCUAUGUUUUCGUCAAAGGAAAGGAAUGGAUUCUUGUUGAAGGUGUUGCUAAGUCUCUCUCCCUUUCUCACUGA